AUGGACACCACAAUCGCUAAUACUGAAUGGACUAUUGACACUGGUGCUUCGAAUCAUAUGACUACAAGCUCAGGUAUACUUUCUAAUCUCAAAAAAUAUGUUGGUUGUGAUUCUGUAUUUAUUGUUGAUGGUUCACCCUUAACAAUUGAUGCAAUUGGGGACAGCUUAGUUUCUGAUGGGAUUGUUGAACGUCACCAUCGCAUUAUUAGAGAACUUGGGAUGGCUAUGAUUUUUCAUAGUGGUAUGCCUAAGUUUCUAUGGGUUGAGGCUUUUUCUAUAACAGUACAGCUGACACCUUAUCCUAUGGUCACUAAAGCUCAACAUGGCAUACACAAACCAAAUCUAUGUUAUGUCUUAGUUCUUGAACGUGGUGAUAUUCCUGAAGAACCACGUAAUGUCAAAAUGGCUCUACAACAUGAUGGCUGGAAAUGCGUCAUGCUUGAGGAACUUGAUGCACUACGUCAAAAUCAAAUAUGGACCUUAGUACCCAGAGAACCUUAUAUGAAUGUGGUGGGAUCAAAGUGGGUGUUUAAAGCUAAAUUGACUGCUAAUAGUACUCUUGAUAGGCUAAAAGCCAG